CUGUGCGUUACCCAAUCUUGGAGGCCCCACCCUUUGUGUUUCCCGCACCGUCAAUCAAAAUAGAAACGAUUGACUAGAAUCACCGAUUGCAGCCAGCCUUCGAUUACUGUAAUCAUGUUUCGCUUGUGAUAAUACAGAUUCUGCGAAAUAAAAUAAUUGACGCAAUGACUGGUAUGUAAUGUUCAACCUAAACAUCGGUAUGUUUGCACCCUUUAGCUAAGCUAAUGUUAGCUAGCUGGCUAAUCUUUUUCCAACAGCUUAGCCAAGAGUGAACGUUAGCGUGCAUGCUAGCCACAACUACCACAUACGUAGCUAGCUAAGGCUUCAGACAGUUUGAUCAACUCCACACCGCAGCUGUAAUGGAGCCCCAGAACAGCCAGUGAAACAAGAGGAAAUGGCUGCCUUGGACGUGGACAGCAGUCAAAGCAAGUUUCUGCAGCAAGACUGUGGCACAGGAGAUCAGGACACUCAGUCGUCAUCGCUUGCUCUGCUGGCAGCUACCUGCAGCAAGAUCGAGUCGGCAUCAUCAGAUGGGGGUAACGGUGCUGCCGUUGUAGUGACGACAGACCUAACAUCCAUCCAGUUAACAGGGAACCCAGAUAGAUGGGAGGUUUUGACCCCCACAACAACACGGAAGGAGGAACCUGGCAUGUUCCAGAGUCAGGGGAUCGGGACAUCAAAUGGACAGUAUGUUCUUCCUCUCCAGAACCUUCAGAGCCAACCAAUCUUUGUGACAUCAGGAAGCGACACCUCCGCCAACGCAGUGCCUAACAUUCAGUACAUUCAGACAGCUGAUGGACAGCAACUAAGCUUCUCCACCUCCAGUGUGGAGGGGGCCACUCUGAGCCAAGAUGCCACAGGGCAGAUCCAGAUCUUGCCAGAAGGAACUCAGACUAUAAGUGUGACUGGGGCUGUAGACAUCCUUACUAACAACCAGAACCUCAUAUCACAGACUGGUCAGGUCCAGCAUAUCCAGGGAGUUUCUAUCGGCAGCUCCACCUUUAACAACCAGGGUCAGGUUGUCACUAAUGUGCCUAUGGGGUUGCCAGGGAACAUCACCUUUGUCCCCAUUAGCAGUGUGGACUUGGACUCCCUGGGCCUCUCUGGUGCUCAGACUAUAGCAACAGGGGUAACUUCUGAUGGCCAGCUCAUUAUGACCAGUCAGCCUGUGGACAGCUCUGAGAGUCUGGAGAAGACAGGUGACCAGCUCUCACAAACACUAUCUGUAAAUGACUCGAAUGCUAAUGCAGACAUGUAUGUGCCAACGUCCUCCGCCCAGCUGCCUGAGGCCAUGGAUGAGACGGGUGUUCUAACCCACGCCACAGAUCAGACAGACCCCUCUGGUCUCCAGGAGGGCUACAUUCAGCAGAACCAGGUCCAGAACAUCCAGGUGUCCUCCGGCCAGUCCAUCAUCCAGCUGCAGCAGGUGCCAGUCCAGACCAGUGAUGGUCAGGUGGUGCAGGCAGCAGGGGGGCAGACCAUGCAGAACGUUCAGCUCAUCAACCCAGGGACCUUCAUCAUCCAGGCCCAGACCGUCACGGCCUCAGGGCAGAUCCAGUGGCAAACCUUUCAGGUGCAGGGGGUCCAGAACCUCCAGAACCUCCAGCUGCCCACCAACCCAGCCCAGCAGAUCACCCUUGCCCCAUUGCAAACCCUGUCUCUGGGCCAGGGAGGAGCGCAACAGAUCCCCAACCUGCAGACUGUGACCGUCAACUCUUUGGUCCAGGCAGGCAUUCAGUACCAGCAGGCAGAGGACACCGACAGCCCUGGAGACGUCCAGAUAAAGGAGGAGCCGGACUCAGAGGACUGGCAGCUGGGCAGUGACUCCACUCUGAACACCAGUGACCUUUCCCACCUGCGUGUCAGGCUAGGGGAUGAGGAGGACCAGCUCGGCGAGGGGGGCAAGCGGCUACGCAGGGUGGCCUGCACUUGCCCCAACUGCAAAGAGGCUGGGGGGAGAGGAUCCAACAUGGGGAAGAAGAAGCAACACAUCUGUCACAUUCCGGGCUGUGGGAAGGUGUACGGGAAGACGUCCCACCUGCGAGCGCACCUGCGCUGGCACUCUGGGGAGCGGCCCUUCGUCUGCAGCUGGAUGUACUGUGGGAAGAGGUUCACACGCAGCGACGAACUGCAGAGACACAGGAGGACACACACAGGGGAGAAGAAGUUUGUCUGCCCAGAAUGUUCCAAGCGCUUCAUGCGGAGCGACCACCUAGCCAAGCACAUUAAAACUCACCAGAACAAGAAAGGAGGCAUGAACUCAGUGAGCAAUGCGGUGGUGGCCUCCAUGGAAUCCGCCGGCUCGUCAGACAGCAUCAUCACGGCGGGCGGCACCACCCUCAUCCUCACCAACAUCCAGCAGGGCUCCAGUAACUCCCAGGACAUCCUGGCCAAUGCUGAGAUCCCCCUGCAACUGGUCACUGUAGCAGCCGGAGAAGUCCUGGAGAUGGCCGAGUCAAAGUGACACUCUCUUGCUCAAUAACUCUUCAUGAAAUUCUGCAUCACUCAUUUUCCCUGCUUGUUGUUUUUAUAUACACUACUGUUCAAAAGUUUGGGGUCACUUAGAGAUUUCCUUGUUUUCGAAAGAAAAGCAAU